AUGGCUUGCUCUAACAACUCUUGCGAAGGACGCCAAUCAACCCUGUGCUGCGGUGUCGACUUCACCCGUUGUCUUGACUCUGCCUGUAUGGCCAUAUUCAUGCUCAUUAUUUCUUGCGGGUUCCUUUUUAUGUUCGGUGAAACUAUCCGAAUGAUCGACCGUACCAGCUUCGCUCGUGAGGAAUAUGUGAAACGUUUUUUGAACAGGAUCUUCCCUUUCAGGCAUGGAUUUGAUUUCAACCUUACUCACGCUUUGCUUUUCUCAUUGACUACGCUUCUCAUUAGCUUCAGGGGUGAGUACCAGAGGGAACAUGCGUCUGCAACGGAAGAAACGGGCUCACACGCUAAGUCCCACUGA